UUUGAAGUUCUCUGUUCUCACCCCAUGUUUGGGUGUGUGUGUAUGUGUGUGCCCUGGUGUGAGUGUGUGUGUGCGCGUGUGUUGUUUUGAUGUACGGCUGUUGGAGUACGGUUGUCUUGUGAUGUGCUUCUGCUUUUUGGCACCGGCUGCCAGCGGAAAGACGGCGCCGGUUCGAGUCCUCUUCGAAGACUCUCGGGAGACCCAAAUAUCCGGAAAACGCCUAUCGUAUUCAGUCAUAGCAAGUUUUCAGUAGCUACAGUCGAUUCCAGCCUAGUACCUGGCGUGUGCUGCCGACGAAUUCGCCCCUGUUCCAAUCGCCCCUUUCUACCUCGACUAUUCAGCUAUCGUAGUGAACUGAUUCUGCGAAUAAGCUCUACAGUUAACUAGGUUCUUUAGCGGUCUUGCUGAUUCGCUCCGAUAAUUAUUUGUCAAACUAGUAAUGACUGAAAGUACCCAAGCACCCGAAGUCGGCACCCCGAUGGACACAAAUAACUCCAAUAACAAUGAUACAGAGAAUAGUGCUGGCGCUGAGAAGAAUACAGGAACAUCGCCCACGGCAGCCGGAGCGAGCCAAGUGACAACGAACGACACGGGUGUAACCAAGGACGGAACAAACAGUAAAACUGAUGAUAAAGGCAUCAAGGACAGCAAGCAGGACACAGACGCAAAAUGUGACGAGCCGGAGGUCAAGCGAAAGGAUAAGUUCGAUACUAAGACAGGUGACCAAGCGCGGGGCAAAGAUGGCGACGACAAAUCCUUGGAUGAGAAGGAAAAUGGUACCGAGCCCUCCUCCGUCACGGGAAGUAACGAGUCAACGGAAGAUAACAAAACAGGCGGCGAUGAAAAAGACGCAGGUGUCGGCGACAAUGUCGAGAAGAUGGAUGUGGACCAAAAAGAGGAGCCUGUUGCUACCGAAAAGAAAAGGUUAAUACGUGAGUCACCUUGUGGUAAUGAUUGCUCAAAUGGAUGCAACGGAAAAUUUACGGAGGAUCAGAGAAUUCGCGUCUACGAUAUUUACUGGGCGCUCGCGAGUGGUUCGGAGGAACAACAAAAGUGGAUGGAGAGACAUUGCAUCGAUAAGGCAAUCCCGAAAGUGAGCUCAAAGUCGAUGGCUUCAACACGAAAUCGAACCUUCGUCUACCUUUACUUCCUACCGCAGCCUGACGACAACAUGCAAAAGAUACGAGUCUGCAAAAAGUUCCUUGCAGCGACCCUCGGCAUUACCGAACGGAUUUUGUCAGGUUUUGUGUAUCGCUUCGUGGGGAGCGCAGGCCUCGACCUCGAUGACGGAGAAUGGUCGCCAGCCGCGGGUUAUGAAGGCUGCUCUCGAGAGCAGAUUUUUUUACUCAGAGAAUUCAUCCAAGGUCUGCCGGCUUUGCCCGUUCAUUAUUGCAGGAAUGAACAAUGCACUCGUAAAUUGUAUGAGCUCCCGGCUUCAAUUCCAGAUGUUUCGACGCUGUAUGGAAUGUAUUCAUCGGCAGAAGAAAGCCUUCAGCGAGAACCUGUUGAAGAAUCGGUAUUUCGAGCCGUAUUGCACCAAGACUAUAACCUCGGCUUCAGUUCCAAUGCCCGGGGUGACGUCUGUAACGUACGCGAAUAUCGCAAGGCUAAGAAAUAAACCUGGCGAUAUAAUUUCUUCAUUUUUUAUUACAAAUAGAAGUGCGGACAACAGCGAAAUGUUUAAUAUGUAGCUAUUCGAUUCAACAAGAUUAUUAUCCCUUUGACCGUACUGCUGCCCAGUUGGUGAUUUGGACGAUUUUCUACUUUAGGCAUGGAACGAGUCGGUCUUUGAUGGAAUACACACACACACACACACACGCAAACACACACACACCCACCCACCCAGACACACACACACACACACGCACGCACAUAUAUAUAUAUAUGACGUAACUUAUACGUUAAACAAUAUGACUGGACCACUUGUGGGCUUGUUGAUGUCGGGCAGGUAUUCUUGCUGAUGGCGAGGCGCACAGUGAGCUAACCGUGUAUAGCCUAUAGUGUAUUGAUGUAUUAUGGAGGUAUUUAACUCUGUUCAAACAUACAGAUGGUAUCUAAUGAAAUGAUGAUUGUAAUAAUUGAACUUCGUUACGUUCAUUUGGACUGAGUGCGUAUCACUCUUCAGAUUUCGUUAUAAUCGCUAAU